UCCCAUCUGUGGAAAUUAAAAUUGAUAAAAGUCCAAUCUCUGAAUCUCUCUCUCUCUCUCUCUCUCUCUCUCUCUGCUCCCUUACUAGGACUUUAGGGUGCCUAUAAAUUGGAGCUGCUGGCUCGGUUCUCCAACACUUGUUGUAGGAGACAAAGCUUGCAUAGCAUUCUUUAACAAAGCAGGGCACUCUUAGUUGUAUCCUAAUUCUGUGUCGGUGAUGGCUGAUAAUUCAGCAAGCAAUGGAAGCCACGAGGUGGUUUUACAUGUAAACGGCGCCUCCAAAAAGCGUGAAGACUCAUCAAGCAUUCAGGUCUAUGCGCCUUUUUUGCAGAAGUUGGUGGCAGAGGUGGUGGGGACGUACUUCUUGAUAUUUGCUGGGUGUGGUUCGGUGGUAGUGAACCUUGACAAGGACAAGGAGGUGACACAUCCUGGGAUUUCCAUUGUUUGGGGACUCACUGUUAUGGUAUUGGCAUAUUCUCUUGGUCACAUCUCUGGUGCUCAUUUCAACCCUGCCGUUACCAUUGCUCAUGCUACCACCAGAAGGUUUCCCUUGAAGCAGGUACCGGCUUAUGUUGUAGCUCAGAUUAUUGGAUCAACCCUUGCUAGUGGAACUCUCAGACUUUUAUUCAAUGGGAAGAAUGACCAUUUUUCGGGAACACUACCGGCUGGUUCUAAUCUUCAAGCUUUUGUGGUUGAAUUCAUAAUCACUUUCUACCUCAUGUUCGUCAUUUCUGGAGUAGCCACUGAUAACCGAGCGAUUGGUGAGUUGGCAGGGCUUGCUGUAGGGUCUACCGUACUACUAAAUGUGAUGUUUGCCGGGCCAAUCACUGGAGCUUCAAUGAACCCAGCAAGAAGCUUGGGGCCUGCUAUUGUGCACCAUAAGUACAGUGGAAUAUGGAUAUAUUUGCUGUCACCAACUCUAGGAGCUGUAGCGGGUACAUGGACCUACAAUUUCAUUAGGUACACAAAUAAGCCUGUGCGUGAGAUCACCAUGAGUGCCUCUUUCCUCAAAGGAGCAGAACGUGGAAAUGGAGCUCAGUGAUUUAACACCAAAUGCAAUAAUGUUCUUUUUUCUUCCUUUUUCUUAUUUUUGAAGAGCACCAUAUGCAUUGGGGUUAAUGUAAGGAAGAUUCUCUUAUUUAGAGUGCCAAAUAACCCUGUAAUGUACAGCUAGAGGAAAUGAAAAACACAGUUUCUC